GCAAAGGUUGUGUCAGAAAAACAAAUAAGAAGAACAGAAGUAUUUAACUGUCUACAAAGCUGGUGAUUGUCAUUUGAUCCAAAUUUUGAUUGUUGGUGCAUUUUGUUAGAGAUAUUUUUGUAGACUUAAUGACUGAGCACAGAUACCUCUGGCUGUUUAUUGAGACUGUCUACAACAUAUUAAGCUGCGGUGCUUCUGCUGAAAAAUCCAUCGGACCUUAAUACAGGCAAACAAUGAGGCCUGUGACCGCUGCCCUCUGGGUGGCAGCCAUGUUGAUGGGACUCAAGUUGAGCGGUUCAUACCCUGACAGCAUCGUAGAUCGCUCAUCCAAAAACCUCUCCUUUGUCCCGAGAGACCUGCCACAGACGGCUGAGUCUGUAGACCUUUCAUGCAACCGCAUACAGAAACUCCACCGAGGAGACUUCAAAAACACCUCCCUCCUGAGGUUCCUCAACAUUUCGUGGAAUAGUUUGGAGGACAUCGACCCGGGGACGUUCCUCGACACGCCGCUCCUGGAGGAUCUAGACCUGUCACACAACAGACUGAGGAACCUGUCGGCUCAGCGGUACCUGCUCCACGCGGAGAACCUUCUGGCGCUAAAUUUGGCCUGCAACAGGUUUCUCACCAUGACACUGGGGAAGGAGUUCAGUUCCCUGGUAAAACUGGAGAGAUUAGCACUUGGAGCGCAAAACAUCAGUGUGGGUGAUUUCAAGAAUAUUGCUGAAGUGAAACUGCGUACGCUGACCCUUUCCCUGGAGAAUGAGCUGAGUUAUACAGCAGGCAGUCUGAAGGAUGUUCAUGCUCAAAGGCUUCGGAUAGCCUCCACUAGUGAUCAAAUAAUGGACCAUUAUGUGGUUGAUGAUGCUCUGUCACUCUUUGAUGAAGUGGAGUUGAUGGAUUUGACCGGUGGCUACAACGCCCUGAGCGAGCAGUUGACCAAGAAAGUAGAAAUCCUCACAUCUCAUCUUUAUCUCACCAACAUAUCCAUCGACUGGAAAGACUUGACUCACUAUGUAAAUGUGGUUCUGCUUACAUCAAUCACCCAUUUGAGCGCCUCUGACGUGGCCAUCUACAAUUUGCCUUAUAUGGACACUAAAGUGACCAAGACAUCUGAAAUGAAGUCAUUCGAAGCCAGAAGGGCAGUGGUGAAGUCUUUCUUUUUUUCACAGGAGGCCGUAUACAACUUUUUUAUCAACAUGCCGGUGAAGAGUUUAGCAAUCAUUGAGACUUCAAUCAUACACAUGACAUGCCCAAAGUCGCAGAGUCCUAUUGUCCUGCUGGACUUCUCCUAUUGUGCUCUAUCUGACUCCAUCUUCUCCAGAGUGGAGGGUCAACAAACUGUUGAAUGUGAGAAUCUGGAGAAUGUCAGAAAAUUGACUCUGGUUGGCAACAAUCUUAAGAAACUUCUGAUGCUGAGCAAACGUGUGCAACACAUGAAGUCCUUGCAACAUCUGGACCUCAGCCUCAACUCCCUGGUUUAUGAUGGCGUGGGAGAAUGCGUCUGGCCACCAAACAUCACCAACAUGACUCUGUCUUCUAAUGGUCUGACGGACUCCAUUUUUAAAUGUCUACCAAAGGGAACAGAAACACUGGACCUCCAGAACAACCAGGUUUCUGUGAUACCAUCAUCCAUCUUUAAACUGGAUAACCUUUCAUCUCUGAAUCUAAAUGCUAACAGACUUCGGGAUCUGCCAGUAUGUAACGGUUUCCCCAUACUGACUGAGCUCCUACUCAAGUCAAAUUCCCUCCAUGCACCGUCUGUGAACAAGCUGGAAAGCUGCCUCAAACUCAAAACCCUGGACGUCAGUUACAACCCCUUCACCUGCACCUGUGCUCUGAGCAGUUUCAUAAGUCUUGGCAUCAAGUCUGAAAAGAAGAAAAGUCAAACAGAAAUUGAAUUGUUAAGUUGGCCAUUGGACUAUUACUGCAUCUACCCAGAGGUCGUUAGAGACACCACCUUAAAAGACAUCUCGAUCCCAGAGGUCUCUUGUAAUGUCUUCCUGCUAGCUGCUGCCAUCUUGUGCCCAGCAGUGGUAAUGAUUGUCACAGUUGUGACCCUGUGCCAUCGUUUGGAUGUUCCCUGGUAUAUGGGCAUGAUCUGGCAGUGGACCAGAGCCAAACACCGCGCUAGAAUGCGUCACGUUCGACCUGAAGAUCUGGUGGGGGUUGAGUUUCAUGCUUUUGUGUCUUUCAGCCAGCAAGAUGCAGACUGGGUGAAAAAUUACCUCCUCCCCAACCUUGAAGGCUACACAGGAGGGCUCCAAAUCUGUCAUCAUGAGAAACACUUUGUGCCGGGAAAGACAAUUAUUGAGAACAUCAUCAGCUGUGUGGAGAAAAGUCGACGCUCCGUGUUUGUUCUCUCUGCUCACUUCGUCAAGAGCGAGUGGUGCCAUUAUGAGCUGUACUUCGCCAGCCACCAACGCCUCGCUUGGGGGUCGGAUAGCGUUGUGCUGGUACUGCUCGAGCCUCUGCCUCAAUACCUGAUCCCAUCCAAGUACUACCAGCUGAAGUCCAUGAUGGGCCGGCACACAUACUUGGAGUGGCCUCAGGACAGGGCCAAGCACAGGCUGUUCUGGGCUAAUCUCAGAGCUGCCCUACAGACAGACCUGCCAAAUGCACCAGUGGUAGAACUGGAGGAGUGACUGUAGAGGAAAGGGAAGUGGGAAGUGAAAGUGUGAAUGGGACAGAAGUGAGGGUUUCAAAAACGUAACAUACAGUACAGGCCAAAA